GGGGGACCAGCCGGGGUCACCGAGCGCUUGUGGCUGCAGCUUGGCUUUGUCCUCAUCCCCAGCUCAGCAGGAGAACAUCUUCGGUCCCCAGGGUCUGGGGCGUCCCCUGGCCAGCUGGGCAGGAUCCGUCCCCCUCCUGCAGAGCUGCCCCAGGAGCUUGGCAGCAAGUGAUGACCAUCAUGAGACCAGGCCCUGAGGAUGCCUCCCCAGCACCCCGGCUGGACCUGGGCAAGAAGGUGAGCACGCCGCAGGACCUGAUGAUUGAGGAGCUCUCCCUGCGGAACAACCGUGGCUCCCAGCUCUUCCAGCAGCGCCAGAGGCGGAUGCAGCGCUUCAUCUUUGAGCAUCCCAGUGGCUACAAGGAGCUCCCAGGGUUGGGGGCAGGUGGCUCACACCACACUGAGAAAGGUGACCCAGAGGGAACAGCGAACGAGUGGAUGGCAGGGGAGGACGCCGGGGGUCAGCAGAGUUAUCACUCCGAGCUCCACGUGGCAGCACUGCCCCAGGGUGGCCCCCCUGAAGUGCCCAAGAAGACAGAGAAAGUCUUGCAGAUGAGCAAAGUCCUCAACCCCGAUGCUCUGGCCCCAGGAUACUCGGGCCCCCUCAAAGAAGUCCCCCCAGAGAAGUUCAACAUCACUGCCAUCCCCAAGGGCUACCGCUCCCCAUGGCAGGACCUCCUCGGUGACAAGGACAACACUGUGCAUGGCGAGAACCAGCCACCCAUGAGACCUGCUCCAUGGGACUUCAGGAGCUUCAACCGGACUCCCACCCCAUUUGACAGAACACUGGUCAGCGACCUGUUCUCUGCGCCCGCCGUGGAGCUGGAUAACCUGAGCAUUCUGGAGGUGAUUUCCCACAGACCCAACUUCAACAGAGUGCCACAAGGUUGGAUGCGGAUUCUGCCAGAGAGUGACGAGCUGUAGCACACGCGCUCCCUUCCCCAUUGCCACGGAUGCUUUUAUCGCUAGACUCAAACAUACUUUGCACAGUAGGGGCGAGCGGAGUAAGUAUUCUUCGUGAAAGCUAAGCUAGAGGUCUCAGGUUGUUAUCUUCUUCCAUGGGAUUUGAACAAGCUCAAGUCUGGGACCAUUUUGAAUUCCCCUCAUACCAGGCAUUGCCACAAGGGUGCUUAGUGCUAAGCCAACCGGGCAAGUUCUCAUCGUCAAUGCAAGCAGAUGCCCGUAAGCUCCUGUACAAAACAUCCCAUACAGCCUGUCCUCUUCCCCGCCUCAUGGAAAAUGGCAGGACCGCCAGCUACAACACACCAAGCUGUCUUGCUGCUUCUUCACCAACACACAAGGCCUGCUCCGACAGCUGGUGCCUUUGCAGAGAAAUUCCAUCUUUGGGACAGCUCUGCAUCUGUCAUUCCGGUCACGAUGGCAAGAGGAGGUGAUAAUUGAAGAAUACCAGCAAAAAAAGUUACUGGGGGCAUUGGCAUGUUAAAAGCAAUUACCUUGGGCUUGGCUGGACAACAAAAACAAACAAGGGACUGGGCAUCUGCCUGUUUAUCGACAGACGUACAGCACAGCCAGGAUAGAUGGGAGGGGAACACUGAGAGUUGGAAACUGGUGCCCGUUUUCCACAAGCUACUGGCUAGCACUUGGCAGCUAUCACUUUCCCCUUCCUACUGCUAUUUGCAUGCCUUGCUUAAACAUCUAAGCCCUUUGAUCGACCUACGCCACAUUUGCUUCAUAUAGUUGUUCAGUAAGGAUCAGGCCCUGCCUGGACCAGCUGCACUGCAAAAUUGCACCAAUCUGAAAGACACUGCCAGGGCAUUCUGGCAACUUCACCGUCAGCGGGAAGGAAAGGCAGCGCAGCCGUGACUCCAGAGCAAGCACGGGCUUCUGCAUGAACGCGUACAUCAGCAGUGAGGAUUCAACAAAUGUUUUCAGCAGUGACACACAGCGGGACACGCAGCUCACAGCAGCCUAGAGGGCAGUCAUCAGAACAUCUGGAAAACCCUGCUCACAGAAGUCUCUAACUUAAUACAGGCUUUCUACAACUGCUUUUGUCAGGUUCUUAAUGUUACCCUUAUUUAGUCUUGCAAAGGCAGGAGCAUCAGGAUAAAAGUUUCUCUUUCCACCACUGUGGUUAAACUGGGCAAGUAAAUUCUGUGGUAAAAACGCAGUUAACAGCUGCCUCACUUGUGAAGUGUAUUUGUAAUGCUGUGCAGACAAAUCCCACACAGGGAUUCUGCUGCCACAACACAUCGUUCAGGCAGGAAACUUUCAUUGCUCUGUUCGUCCCACAGAAGCAGGAGGGGACAAGCAAAUGGGAAAAAAAAAAAGGUCCAUUCCUUAAACAUUAAACAUUUACGAUGCACAGCUGCU